GCGACAAUGCCGAUGGCACCCUUCCUGCUGCUGCUACCGCUCUUCUUCCUCGGUGCAGUCUUGGUCCUUCGAGCCCGGAGGCUCGACAACAAGGUGGCGGCGCAGCACACGCCGGGCCUGCGGCCGUACCCGCUGCUCGGCCACCUGCCGCAGUUCCUGGCCAACCGGCACCGCGUCAUGGACUGGAUGACCGAGGUGCUCGCGCGCCAGCCCACGUGCACGCUCGUGCUCCGCCGGCCGGGCGCCGCGCCGGGCGUCAUCACCGCCAACCCGGCGAACGUGGAGCACGUCCUGCGCGCCAACUUCAAGAACUACCCCAAGGGCCCGAGCUUCUCGUCCACGCUCCACGACUUCCUCGGCCGCGGCAUCCUGAACGCCGAUGGUGAGGCGUGGCGCGCGCAGCGGAAGGCGGCCAGCCACGAGUUCAGCACGCGCUCGCUGCGCGCCUUCGUGGCCCAGAGCGUGCACGGCGAGCUCCACGGCAGGCUCCUCCCGCUGCUGCGCCGCGCGGUGAGCUCCGGCCAGCCGUUCGACCUCCAGGACACGCUCGAGCGGUUCGCCUUCGAUAAUAUCUGCCGGGUCGCCUUCGACCACGACCCGCACCAGCUCCCUGAUGAUGACGAGGUCGGCGACAGCGCUUCCCCGGAGGAAGAGACUUCUAGCGGCACGUUCGCCGACGCGUUCCGUGACGCUGCAAAUAUCAGUGCUGGCAGGUUCCGGUACGCCGUCCCAGGAUUCUGGAAGGUGAAGAAGGCGCUUAACCUGGGCUCCGAGCGGCGGCUCCGCGAGUCCGUGGCCAUGGUGCACGGCUACGCCGACCGCAUCAUCCGGUCGCGACGGGAGGAGAUGCGCAUGGCCUGCGAGAAGCACGACCUCCUGUCGCGGUUCAUGGCGAGCCAGGGCGACAGCUGCACCGACGCCGUCCUCCGAGACGUGGUGAUCAGUGUCCUGCUCGCCGGGCGAGAGACCACGUCCUCCGCGCUCACAUGGUUCUUCUGGCAGCUUUCCUCGCGCCCGGACGUGGAGCGCCGCAUCCGCGACGAGGUCGCCGCGGUGCGCGCCCGCAGAGCCCAGGGCGAUCGGGACAAUGCCGGCUUCGGUCUGGACGAGCUGAGGGAGAUGCACUACCUCCACGCGGCCAUCACGGAGUCGAUGCGGCUGCACACGCCGGUGCCGGUGAACAGGGUGUACGCGCAGGCCGCCGACGUGCUGCCCGACGGCACGGCGGUGGGAGCGGGGUGGUUCGUGACGUACAACUCGUACGCGAUGGGACGGAUGGAGUCCGUGUGGGGCGAGGACGCGCCGGCUUACCGGCCGGAACGGUGGCUGGACCCGGCGGAGGGGACGUUCCGGCCUGAGAGCCCUUUCCGGUUCUCGGUGUUCCACGCGGGGCCGAGGAUUUGCCUAGGGAAGGAGAUGGCGUACAUCCAGAUGAAGUCCAUCGUGGCGUCCGUGCUGGAAGAGUUCAUGCUGGAGGUGGACGGCGGGUACCGACCACGGCAGGUGCCGUCGAUCACGCUGCGGAUGGCGGACGGGCUCCCGGUGACGGUGAAGGCUAGAGGCGAUUGA